AGUCAAGCCGAGUAAACUGCUUCACAAGCUCAACCACAUACCAGGAAAUAGGUCACGAAAUGUACGAAGUGACCAGGCAACUAUUGGAAAUCUCCAGCUGAGAGUAACUAUGGAACUUUACGUUGCUGUGUGGUGAUCAAGGCAAAAAAAAGCAUCCAACCAUUUUAUUUUCUCUGGAAGAUUUUUUUGCUGAGAGUUGAUAAAGUGAUUCCCAAGAAUAAAAUAAUUAAGAAACAUGGGUUGUGCAAAAUCGAAGGAUUCUUCCAGCCAGGAGGAGAAGAGCUUGAAUGAUCCAGUACGUAAAUCUAACACUGCUCUUUAUGUGAAAGAUCCCACAUCGAACUCUCAUGCGACAAACACAAAUAGCUUCCCAUCUGCACAGUUUUCUUCGGGAGGAAGUGAUGACCUGGUGGUGGUUGCACUGUAUGAUUAUGAAGGCAUACAUGAAGGAGACUUGAGUUUUAAGAAGGGAGAAAAAGUGAAGGUGCUCUCAGAGCAAGGAGAAUGGUGGCAGGGAAGAUCUUUGACAACAAAUCAAGAAGGUUAUAUACCCAGUAACUAUUUUGCAAAAGAUAACUCAUUGGAAAUGGAGGAAUGGUUCUUCAAAGGUGUCAGUAGAAAGGAUGCAGAGAGACAGCUUUUGGCAUCCGGAAAUAAAGUUGGCUCGUUUAUGAUACGAGACAGUGAAACAACCAAAGGUAGCUAUUCUCUCUCUGUUCGAGAUUUUGACCCUUCGUUGGGUGACACUGUGAAGCAUUACAAAAUACGUACUCUGGACAAUGGUGGCUUUUACAUCUCACCUCGGAUAACAUUCACCACUUUAAACAACCUGGUCAGCCAUUAUAAAAAGCAAGGGGACGGAUUGUGUCAGAAACUUACAAAACCUUGCAUCAGCGAAAAGCCUCAGAAACCAUGGGAAAAAGAUGCCUGGGAAAUUCCAAGAGAUUCCCUCAGAUUGGAUAAAAAGCUUGGGGCUGGGCAAUUUGGAGAAGUAUGGUUGGCUACAUAUAACAACCAUACCAAAGUCGCUGUGAAAACUAUGAAACCGGGCAGCAUGUCUGUGGAUGCCUUCCUCAUGGAAGCUAACCUCAUGAAGUCUCUUCAGCAUGAUAAGCUGGUACGGCUUAAUGCUGUGGUAACAAAGGAAGAACCGAUAUACAUCAUUACAGAAUACAUGGCCAAAGGGAGUUUAUUAGAUUUCUUGAAGAGUGAUGAAGGGAACAGAUUGCAGUUGCCCAAGCUGAUUGAUUUUUCAGCACAAAUUGCAGAAGGAAUGGCUUACAUUGAAUCCAAGAACUACAUACACAGAGAUUUGAGGGCUGCUAACAUCUUGGUGUCUCAUGCAUUGGUUUGCAAGAUAGCUGACUUUGGCCUAGCCAGGAUAAUUGAAGAUAACGAAUAUACAGCCAGAGAAGGUGCCAAAUUUCCGAUUAAAUGGACGGCGCCUGAAGCUAUCAAUUUCGGGUCAUUUACAAUCAAAUCUGAUGUAUGGUCCUUUGGAAUUCUUCUCAUGGAAACCAUCACAUAUGGCCGGACCCCUUACCCAGGAAUGUCAAACCCAGAUGUGAUACGUUCAUUAGAGCAUGGAUAUCGGAUGCCCCGUCCAGAAGUGUGUCCAACAGAGCUCUAUGACAUCAUGAUGAAAUGCUGGAAGAACAAAGCAGAAGAGCGUCCAACUUUUGAAUACUUACAAAGUGUGCUAGAAGACUUUUUUACAGCAACGGAGAGCCAGUACCAGCAGCAGCCAUAACAAAGUGCCAAAUAUAUAGGGACGAUCACAGGAGGGGAAGAGUAAUUCAGGCAACAAUUUUAAAUUUAACUGUUUAAGACCUGCACUUGCAGUUUUUUGCACCUUGUCCAAUAAAAAUAAUUUUCAACAUUCUUGAUCAUAAAUAACUGUUUUUCAUGCUAUGUAUUUUCAGUAAAUCUUUGAAAAUGUGAGCAAUCCUUCUGCACAUGAUAUAAAAUGUUCAUCAGUCCUUAAAUGACUGAAUAAUGUUUAUUUUUUUCUGGAACAAUGUUUAAAGUAAUAUUGGUAAUGUAUUUUCAUUGACAUCACAGUUUAUCUUUUUUUAAUUGUGCACUAUUUUUAUACUGAAAGUAGCACUCAGUGGAGCCUUGUCUUACAACCUUUUUUUUUCUACAGCAAUGUUGUGUUUACAUGCUUCACAAAUCGAAGUUGAUCUAAAUUGUUUCAAUCCUGGACGGGCUCUUAUGACACAGGUUUCCCAAAGCACAAAUAGUUCAUAUAAAGGGAGCAAUUUUAGGAAAUAUGUUAAUAUAGUUGUACAGUGUCUCAAAAUAACUUGAUACAUUGAUCCCAGCACUUGCAAAGAGGGGAAGCAACAAAGUUCUUCAAUAAUAUUUUCUAAGACUAAAUGCUACUAAGAUGACAAUUAUCAAUUAAACUGAGUAUCCUAUUUCAUAUUAACUAAUAUAAUCCUUGGCUAGUCUUGCUUUGAACUGUGAGUGAGCAAUGUGUGGAGUUGUAUCCUCUGAUCUCUUUCAUUCCUUUUUAAAGGGCUCAUUUGUUGUCGAGAUCAAGUCAAAGUUGACUUAGUCAAACAAUGGCAAAAAUGUGAACAAACUUACAUGACCGCUUCUUUAUGUGAAUUCUCCACUGUUGACUUUCAGGGUAAUUUGGAAAUGAGCAGAUUCAUGAGGAAUGAUAAACUAUUGAGGCAAAAUCUUAAAACUAAUUCAAAUCUCUGAAAUCAAAACUAAAUCCAUUAUUUUCAUUGAUCUCUUUUAUUCUUGGAAUAUUUUGUCUAAAGUUUUUUUUUAAUCAAGUGUGAAAAUAAUUUGUGUGCUGGAUUAGUAAGUUUCAUUGGCCAAAGUCUAUAAGAACUUUCAUUAAUAAUGAACUGGAGUUUGAAGAUUUAUAAAGAAUGCAUCAUUUCUCUCUGGAUUGAAAUGGUUUCAGAACUAAAGUACUGUGACUUCAGAAAUGUUGUCAUUCAUAGUGUAUAUUUGUAUUAAUGCUUGAGGUGUGAAAUAAAGUGCCUUAAUCUUACUAGUUCUGAAAUUUGUCAGACUACAUCUGUGAAAUUGACGGUGAGUCAACAAGUUGACUUAUCAAACAUACCAAUUUAACUUUUGUCUUUAUAAAUUAUACAGCAAAUUUCUGAGUAAAUUUUAAUCUGCAAGUUUGCUAACAAUUGCUAAUGGCAGACAGAAUAACUAAUUUGUAUCUUUCAGUUAUCCUCCAGUCUUUGCACAUAAGCAAUGCUUUUGCAACCAAGCACUCCCAUCAGAUCAAAUACUGAACAACUUGGGAAUUCAGAGUUGGACAUGCAUAAUUUCCUAAAACAUGCUCCCAAUCUAGAAGUAGCAGAUCAUAGAAUCACCUUUCCAGUGCAACAAGGAAGUCUCAACUUCCCUGUCUUGUUCUUGGCAUUAUACACUUAUUUGCAGAUGUUUUUAAAAAGGAUAUUAAAACUAAAACAUCUGUAAGAAUGUGUUGAGUCUUCACUUUGAGUCUAUUCAAUUCAUUUUAGAUAUCUAAUUUUAUUUAAAUGUCUCUAAGGCUAAAACUAAUUUGUUCCCCUCCUUUUAAAGAUGUCCAAUAUUAAAUGAGAAAUGUCCUCAUUUCAGACAAAAUAUGUGUGGUAUACAUUGAUCAAAGUCACUUAUCUACAUUUACAGAUUAUUGGCUACUUCAAUCCAUAGGAUCAACAGACUGCAUAAAUUGAAGGAUGCUACCACCAUUCCUCUCUUCUACACUUAGGUCUAAGGGCAUACUUGAUCUAAACUCUUAGAGGAUCAGCUGCUAGUGUGUCUUAACAAAAUGGUUCUAUCUUUUGCAAGAUCUAGAGAAGUUGCAUUAGUUUGUUAUAAACUGUUACUAAGAGUGAGGAGACCUGUGGAUAUCGGUUAACUGGAUGCUAUCUCUUAGCUAGAAGCCAGAAUGUGACCACAGACUGGAUGAAGCAUUUUCUCCGUUCCAUUACAAUGCUCAGCAGAUUCUACUUUGGUAUAAUGUGUACAGUUUCUAUAACAUUCCAACACUUGAACUAUCUGAAACUAACUUGAGAUUCUGAAGAGUUUGUGACAAUUUUCUACGUUUAAAAAAUUAUUCCUUCUUUGAUUUACAAUGAGAAUUUUGAAAUAGCUGUUCAGAGAAAUGCAUAGCUCUUUUCAACUCCUGUGCUUCGAGUUGCAGAAGGAAAUGGUAAAUCUCCAAUGAUUAUAACAUCUGCACUUCAGAGUUGUAGCCUUGAAUCUUGUGCAUGUUGUGCUUUGUAAUCUAUGAUUUGGUUUUGCUCAACCAUCCCUAAAAUUAGUGGAACCACAUGUCAUUUUCAAUUAAGUGCUACAAUAAAGCUUUCCAUCCACAAUAAAUGGAACACUCCAUAUAAUACCCACCCAUGCCACCACUCCCCUCCACAAAAAUAGUCCAAUCUCAGUAAUGGUAGUGGUG